UGGCUUCUGUAUUUAUUUAUAGUUCCUCCAAGAUACUCUGGAUGCACUUUUUAACAUAAUGAUGGAGAACUCAGAGAGUGAGACAUUUGACACCUUGGUGUUUGAUGCUUUGGUAUUUAUCAUUGGACUGAUUGCUGACAGAAAAUUUCAACAUUUUAAUCCUGUCCUGGAGACAUACAUUAAGAAACAUUUCAGUGCUACAUUAGCCUACACCAAGCUGACUAAAGUUUUAAAAACGUACGUGGAUAAUGCUGAGAAGUGUGGUAUCACUGACCAACUCUUUAAAGCCAUGAAAGCUUUGGAGUACAUCUUCAAGUUCAUUGUCCGGUCCAGGAUACUGUUCAAUCAACUUUAUGAAAACAAAGGAGAAGCAGACUUCAGGGAGUCUUUGCUGCAGCUCUUCAAGUCCAUCAACGAGAUGAUGAGCAGCAUCUCCGAUCAGACCGUCAUAGUGAAGGUGAGGAUCCUCCCUGCCUCCCCUCGGGCCCCGCGCCCGCCUGUUGCGCUGCGGCGCUCCGCGAAGUACGCGGGGAUCCCCGCACGUCCGCCGGGCCGCUCUGCUCUGGGCCGGGGGCUGCGCGGGGCCCGGCAGGGCGAGCGUGGAGCCGCACGGCUGCUCUCCCGGCUCUCGGCCGCCCUUCCCGGCCGGUGGAGUUGA